AUGAGAUUGCUUCUUCAAAUCUCUCUUCUUGCUUUCGUCGCUUAUCAGGCGUGUAAUGCCACUUCGUUUGCUCAUCUACAUGCUUCUAGAAUGAUGAAAAUCAUCAAGGCAGCCAUCAAGACUCGAGACGUGACCACGCUGAUGUUCAUCACCCACAAGAAUAUGACAUACUCGAUGUGCGGAUUUGUUGGAGAUCACGACAAUUUCCAGUCGUUUAUGGAGAAUCAGUUGGAAAAUAUGAUCACUGCCAAGACGCACUUAUUUGGAGAUGAAGCGCAGACGAUUGAGGAAAAUGGUCGAAUCUUCAUCAAAUUCUCGUUCACCAUGGAGACGACCUAUCGGGACCGCGAUCGCAUCGAUGGUCUUGUGACGAUCAUCGCAAUUCAAGACGAACAAAACCCGAAUCAUUUCGAGAUCAUGAAUAUCCAUGAGAAGUGUCGGAUCCUCAAUUCUCGUCAUCGACUCUAUCGCCUCUUUACUUAUACGGAUCUUUAUGAUUACUGA